AUGGCGUCGGCUAAUACGGUUCGACCAAAACGACCCAUUAGAAUAUGUAAUACAGCCGGUGCUAUCGGCGACAGUAUCGACCAGGUAUACGUACCAACUCGCCAAAUCCAGGGAGGUGGACGCGAUAACCGCCGACUACCUAGCCGAGUUCAAUAUUGCGUGGAAAGCCAUUGAGCUCCAGAACCACCCUGAUCUGGGCUUCGAGCCUAACUUUUUGGAACAGUUGGCAUGGGAAGACGGCGAGGCCGCCAGACUACUGGCUGAAAAUCGCAUCAAGGUCGUCCACGAUGGAGGCGCAUUGAAUCCGAUAGGUUUAGCUACCAAGGUAGACUCGUACUUCAAGAGACUCGGGUUGCAUGAUGUUCGAGUUGCGGCAGUGACUGGCGACGAUGUUACCGAAUAUCUGAUUAGGGGUGAUUUUGGCGACUCAAGACAUUUGGAUCAGCAGAACGUAGUUCUUGAUCAGGGCCAAGGGAAGAUAUUGGUAGCCAACGCGUAUACCGGACAAGCUAGUAUUGUGCGCGCCCUCGAGGAAGGCGCCGAUAUUAUCAUUAACAAUAGAUACAUGUAAAGACCAGCUGCUAUACGAGAUUCAAGGACCUAUAUACCUUAACCCCGAUGUUGUCGCCAAUAUCGAAGAAGCCCGCCUCGAAGAGGUCGGCAAAGAUAGGGUACUUUUGACCGGAAUUCGAGGCGCCUCCAACCGCUAAGCUUGCUGUCUGCCUCCAAGGUGGGUGGCAAGCAGAACUAUCUGGAUUUUGUGCUGGACUCGACACCGACUUUAAGUUUCAACUCAUGAAAGACCAGGUGAUGCGACAGAUCAACCCAGCCGAUUUCACUAC